CUUAUACGAGCCCUUUCGAAUCAAUCCGCCCACUGCUGCAUAUUUUCAGCUACUAAUGAAUGCUGAUUCUGGUGUUGACCUAGCUCUCUAUAACCAUUUCAGCCGCAAUCAUCGAUCCUAUGCAUCACCUUUUGAGACGAACCCCCUCAAACUCCAGGUUCUAGUUACGCUGCAUUUGGAUGCCCUGUACCAACGUGAUAAUUAAUUGGCUGCUCUUCACUGCUAGCUGCAUGAUCCCGAUGCUUGUCAGCUAAUAUGCAGGCUGUGCUUCGCUGUCCCAAUAAAUGACGUUACCCGCAGAAAGCUGAAGAACUGACCUACCCAAACCCCCUUGUAAUCAUGUAUUACUGGAUUAUUAUGGUCGCCGUCUUGUCGUUCAUGUAACCGAGGCUCGGUCGCCUAAGGUCGUAUUACACCAAAGAUUUUUUCGCCUCUAUCCCAGAACAGAACGAGCAGAGCCUCCAAGGAGUAGGUGAGCAAAUCCCGUGGAAUCGGGUUUCGGUCACAAUUUUCGCCCCCAAACGCCUUUGUGAUUUAUAAGUGUCUUAUUGCCCCUAGCUCCUUGCUAUCCCCCGUCGCCUACAUCCAUGCGUUCGCUAAACUCCUUUACUGAUAUUCAAUAUGGAAAAUCACAGUGCGGAUAAUCGUUCCUUGAACGCGACGUGUCUAAGUGCGGAGCCUCAUGGCUGCGAUAUCAAAGAUCACUUAGUUCACUAUCUUGGGUGCAUUAAAAUACAAGACCAGGAAAGAUUUUUUGAAGAUGACCAUGACAUUUGGGAGGAGGAAAUCGAACACCAAAUCAAAAAUCUCGGCAAUACCCCUGAAAAGGCUAGGGAGCUAACGGGGCGAAAGCGGAAAUCUUGGAAAGAGGAUUGCGAGAGCGAGUUAAGGCGUAUUGAAUUCCUUCGCAAUACUCUUUUUCAAGAUGAAGAAGACAAGCAUUUAGUAGACAACCUGAACCGGAGCCUUGGGGUCUGGCGGAAGCAUAAAGGCCAAAGGCCUCGGAGGCGGGUCAGUGUCGCGGCUGCAGAUUAUAUACCGGAAAAAGAUAUUCGAGUACCCCUUAUUCAAUUUGAAAACGGCGAGGGGGUAGACUUGAAGGAGAAACGCAACUGGGUAUGGAGCAAGUUUCCAAAUCAGAAAACAUCCCUGAGCGACUUGCUCGACCAGGAGGACAAUCUCCUCCUUGAACAACAUACAUCCGAUGGCCGUUUGGGAUAUUACCAUAUCCCUUCAAAUAAUAUGAUCUGGGCCGAGCGCGUUAUUGGUCGAUACUUUGGCGAAGGGAGACCGGACUAUCGAGGAAUUCAACGUGAAUUGAAGCGGCAGAAUAAGACUCAAACUUAUAUGAUACUCCGAGAACGAUACUGGUAUAGUCAGUUGGACGGAAGCCAGGAACAUAGCCCACCACAUGCAAGGCACAUGAGACCACUAUGCGAAACCGUAUCAUCAGAUCCGAAAGACGCGGACUAUUUCCCGAAGAAUAUGGUAACAUUCAUGCCAUAUCUCCAUUGGGAUACCUCAAGGAAAAGAGAACAAUUUGCGACUGAAAUCCACAAUUGCCAUAAAGCGGGAAAAGACAGGAUAUCCACGAUGAAGGGUCUCCUCAAGGAAAUGAAUUUAGCUCGAGAGAAACCUCCAAUGGACGAUAGGGGUCGCGUGAUUGUCGUUCAUCCCCUAGCCCAGUUGCUCCUCGAUGCCGCAAGGCUCUUUGAAGGAAUGUCAAACUACAGGGAUAAGAGGCUGGUUCGCGACUAUCUUGGCAAGGACCCUCCAUUGCAUCCACGUCGGACUCUAGACCAGGCUUACCACUGGACGCUCAACUCGACUAGGAAGCGCGAUAGAGACCAAGUCGUAUAUCGCGGAACCACGACUAAGCCCGAAGACUUUCAUAAGUACCAUCUUCAAAAUGGAUGGGAAGAUCACAAGGAAUUUAAGCCUGGAGAACGAUGCCAAGAGUGUGAUAGAAACAUCAAGAAGCUAUCGCGCGUGGUUAUGGUCGAUCAACUCUGGAUGUGGAUUCUUGACGGGAAAACCAUCAUUACCUGCUUCCCAAAGCGAUAUGGGGCUAACAAACAGGACACAUCGGCUAUUCACAAGUCAAUCAGAGUUCGUCUUCAGAAUAGUGGCCCCGACCAGAUACGCACCGUCUUCGAUCUAGCUCUAAUUAUCAUUAACGAAUGUUCCAAUACAUUCUUCGACCGGACGAAGGCGGUAGAUCGCCAGCCGCAGGUAAUUGAUGCGUUUUCGAAGGCUAUUGGCAAUAUCAUGCACAAACAAACUGCCGCAUUCGAGAGACUAUGGCGUUGGACCGACGACGCUAGCAAGGUAUACCGUUCCACGGCAAACGGCGAUACCUCCGAACUUCAUGUGCCCCUCCUCGACAUCUACCCAGAAGGUAGGAUCGAGCGAGAGAUCAAGGAUAUCAUAGAGGAGCUAGAUAUCAUGUUGCACAUCACAAAGACCCAAAAGAAGAUACUCACAAAAUUCAUCGCUAAUGCCGAGAAUAUCCUGGAUCCAUUUGGAAAGUUCGGCGAUAGCAAGAAGCGAGAGAUGACAGGUCGGCACUUGUGGAACAAAGCCAAGGAUAAGCCAAAAGAUCUCGAAGUCCUAUAUAAUAAUGAAGUCGAGAACCCUAUUCUGAAUAAUAGGCGGGAUGAUUAUGACUGGUUCAAGCAUAAUGCUGAUGAGCGGUUGGACGAGGUUGUGGGUCGGAUUGAAGAACUUGAGGAGUUGCGCGCUAGCGCUAUUGAUACUGCUCAAAGCGUUAAGGACUUACUCGAAUUGAAACAGCAGCAGGCUAGUGUCGUCCAGGCAUGGCAGGCUGUGAAGCAGUCGGAAGAGACCAUACGGCAAGGCCGGUCAAUUAUGAUGUUCACACUCGUGACGAUAGUUUUCCUUCCACUCUCGUUCAUGUCGAGUGUCUUCGGAAUGAACAACAUUGAAAUCACUAGCGACACCUGGUCUAUUAACACGGAGUUCGUGUACAUGUUCUCGAUAUCUGCUGGUGUGAUUAUCUUUAGUUUGGUCAUUGCCUUUGGUAGUUGGAUUCGUGCCGGCCUAUUCUACCUCUCGAAGUGGAUGAUGACGGAAUUCUUGGUACGAUUUGGCCUUUAUAAUAUGUGGCUCGAUAGUGGCCUAUCAAGCAAGGUGCUCUAUCGCAACAUAAUCGACUGGUCCGACCGACGAAAGCGGAACUCCAGAAAUGCACACCUCGAGCACAAGCGCGAAAAGGCGCAGUGUAAAAAUGGUUCGGAUACAUCCGAAAAAGUGCAUAAUAAUAGUAGUGGCGACUCGGACAAUUCGUCGGGAUUCAUGCCGACCAACGGGAGUCUACCCGUUAGGGAGCCGAGGGCUGCAAGCAGCAAUGGAGAUACUAACGGCCAUUCCCAAGCUGCCAAAAUGCAAGAAGUUUGGCAAUCUUGGAUGCAUCGGAUGAAAUCUAGGCGUCGCCCGGGUAUUGCGAUAAAUGGAGACAGCGUAUAAACUGGAAAUCAAUGAUUGCAUUGCAAGGAAAGGAGGCGAGCUGUAAUGGUAUCA